AUGAUUUCUGCGUUGGGAUUCCCAAUCCCCCUCUCGGCCACCUGGCUGCUCCUGGCCUCUGCCGUCUUCUGCCUGGUGUUCUGGGUGACUGGAACCUCAAAAUCUCAGGUUCCCAAAGGCUUGAAGAGUCUGCCGGGGCCCUGGGGCUGGCCCCUGCUGGGGCACGUGCUGACCCUGGGCAAGAAUCCACACCUGGUACUGACACAGCUGAGCCGGCACUAUGGAGACGUGUUUCAGAUCCGCCUUGGCUCCACGCCCGUGGUAGUGCUCAGUGGUCUGAACACGGUCAAGCAGGCGCUGGUGCGGCAGGGUGACGAUUUCAAGGGCCGGCCGAACCUCUACAGUUUCUCCUUCGUCAACAAUGGCCAGAGCAUAACCUUCGGAACAGACUCGGGGCCUCUGUGGGCUGCCCGCCGUCGCCUGGCCCAAAAUGCUCUGAGCAGUUUCUCCCUGGCCUCUGACCCUGCGUCCUCCAGCUCCUGCUACUUGGAGGAUCACGUGAGCCACGAGGCCGAGCACCUCAUCCGCACAUUCCAGGAGCUGAUGGCGAAGAAGGGGCACUUUGAUCCCUACAGGUAUGUGGUGGUAUCUGUGGCCAAUGUCAUCUGUGCCAUGCUCUUUGGCCGGCGCUAUGACCAUGACCACCAGGAGCUGGUUAGCCUCAUCGACCUGAACAACGAGUUCGGAGAGGUGGCAGCCUCCGGAAAUCCAGCUGACUUCAUCCCACUCCUCCGUUACCUGCCAAAUCCUGCCAUGGAGUCCUUCAAGGACCUGAACAAGAGGUUCUUCAGCUUUACCCAGAAGAUAGUCAAAGAGCACUACAGAACCUUCGAGAAGGGCUACAUUCGGGAUGUCACAGACAGCUUGAUCAAGCACUAUCAGGAUGACAGGCUGGAUGAGAAUGCCAACAUCCAGGUGUCUGAUGACAAGAUCACUGAGAUCGUCUUGGAUCUCUUUGGAGCUGGGUUUGACACAGUUACCACAGCCAUCUCUUGGAGCCUCAUGUACCUGGUGACGAACCCCGACAUCCAGAAACGGGUCCAGCAGGAGCUGGAUACUGAGAUCGGCAGGGCACGGCCGCCGCGGUUCUCAGACCGCCCUCAGCUGCCCUACCUGGAAGCCUUUAUCCUGGAGACCUUCCGGCACGCUUCCUUCCUCCCUUUCACCAUCCCCCACAGCACCACAAGAGACACCAGUCUUGGUGGCUUUUAUAUCCCCAAGGGGCACUGCGUCUUCGUGAACCAGUGGCAGGUCAACCAUGACCCGGAGCUGUGGGGUGACCCAUCCACCUUCCGACCCGAGCGAUUCCUCACCCCUGGUGGAGGCGCGGUGGACAAGGCGCAAGCAGAGAAGGUGUUGCUGUUCGGCUUGGGCAAGCGCAGGUGUUUGGGAGAAAACAUCGGCCGUCUGGAGGUCUUCCUCUUCCUGGCCAUGCUGCUGCAGCAGCUGGAGUUCACGGUCACACCUGGUGCCACGGUGGACAUGACCCCCAUCUAUGGGUUGACCAUGAAGCAUGCCCGUUGUGAGCAUUUCCAGGCAAAGCUGCGCUUCUAA